GUGUGUUUGUGUGUGUGUAGGUGUAAAAGGGCUGGACUGCAGAGCCGGUCUGUGCUCAGGUGGAAUGUCAAAGUGUGUAUGUUCAUUUGUCUCUGUGUGUGUUGAUGUAUCAGUCGCGCUUUGGAGAAUUGGAGAAACAUGCUGAGUCUGAUCAAACUACAGCGAGUCUUCAAUGUCCACCAGGUGCCCAAAGCGUUUCAUGAGGACGGGAUCAUCUCUGGGUAUCGACACCCUCGCAGUUCAGCCACAGAGUGUGUGUGGAGUCUCUUUCAGCUCACCAAUGAAACUCUCAACGUUUGGACACACUUUCUACCAACCUGGUAUUUUCUCUGGAAGUUGAUGACGGUGUUGUUGAUGGAGGAUGUGUGGAAUGAAGCGUACACAUGGCCCUUGCUGGUCUUCUUGUUUUCGUGCUGUGUUUAUCCACUGGCCUCCAGCUGUGCUCACACUUUCAGCAGCAUGUCCACUCGUGCUCGGCAUAUCUGCUACUUCUUUGACUAUGGAGCGCUCAGCUUUUACAGCCUUGGUUCAGCGAUCAGCUACUCUGCAUAUGUUUUUCCUGAUGCAUGGCUGAGCAGCAGCUUUCAUGCUUAUUACAUUUCUGUGGCUGUAUUCAACACUGUCCUGUCUACCAGCCUGGCUUGCUACUCCAGAUUCUCCGAGAGACAGUGCCCGAGGAUGAGUAAGGUGUUGCGAAUUCUUGCCUUUGCCUACCCGUACCUGUUUGACAACAUUCCUCUCUUCUACAGGUUGUUUGUGUGUGUAGGCGAGGGUUGUACAGAUAACGAAGCAAACUCCGUUCAUGUUCAACAUACGCUGCUUGCAUUCCUUACCAGCUUCUUAUUUGCAACCCACUUACCCGAGAGACUGGCACCCGGACGUUUUGACUACAUUGGUCACAGCCAUCAGCUGUUCCACGUUUGUGCAAUAAUUGGCACACACUUCCAGAUGAAGGCCAUAGAAAUGGACAUGGGUCUGAGACGGUCUCAGCUGCUGGCCAGUGCUCCUGCCAUCAGCUUUAACAACACAAUAGGAGCAGCACUGCUUUGUGUCUCUGUCAGUCUGGGGAUCAUAUGUGUCUACAGUCUACCUCUGCUGUACAGCUCAAACCCCAAAAACACAGCCAACAAAGAGUGAAGGAAAACAUUCAAGUACUAACAACCUCUGGAACAAGGGUUUCUCUCAGAGAUUAACUGCAGUCUUGCACAAGUUACCAAAGUUAUUAUGGAAAUGUAUCUAGGACACUCUCACUAGAUAUUGCGUUAUAUCUAAAAAAAAAAUAAAAAUCCCUAAGAGGGGUUUGUACGUUUACUGAAUCUAUGCAACCUGAGAUUGUAUAGAGUAAUGAAUGCAAUAUUGCAUGAAUUCUACCUCUCAGGAAAAAAGGCACUGAAUCUUGGAACAAUGUACUGUUAUUCAUGUGAUGAUGCCAAAGUUUUACCAUGAACAGAAAUGCUUAUUGAAUUAACCGUUCCAGAAUCAAACUUCAACAGGUACAUUUAGAUGAAAGGACUUGAUUUAUGUGUAUUAUAAAAAAAAAAAAUACUGUAUUGUUCUUGAGCUGACAACACUGUCAAAAGGGAUUUAGUAAACCAAUUUCCUUAAAGCGACGAGUUGACUAUUUAAAGUGAGUAAACCCACAUUGUAAAAGCCAAUAGGAUAAGAUAACUCAAACCAUUUGAGGAAACUACUAGCAACAAAUCAAAA